AUGAUACCCCCUUGCGACCCCUCCAUUCUCGAUAAUCACCCCCAAUUUAAGCGACUCUACGAGAAUCUCACUACAAAAUUAUUGACUCCCGAUGGAUCAACGCGCGCGCACAAUGUCGACCCGAUCCGGGAAGCUGUCGCGGAGGACCUGAAACAAUGUCAAAUCCGGAGUACAAAGAGGCGGAUCAAGGAGCGGACGCUCAAGCAGCUGGCGUUUGCAUCAGACAGCAGUCUCCCGAACGAGUGCCACGAUAACUUGGCUAUAAUAUCCCUUUACCUCGAGACACCAUGCAGCGCAAUCGACCCAAAAAGUCCCCAAGACACCGAGGAACCAACCAAGGACAAUGCGGUCUCUCUCCUGGCCCCGGAGAUCGAAACAUUCUACUCGCACAUCCCAUCCCUGAUCCACCCCUUCUCAGACAUCCUCUCUGGCGCAAUCCACGAGCUCCGAAGCCUAUCAACAACAAAUGCUGAGAAUAGCUCAGACACCGAAGCCUUGCAUGAAACGCCACAAAAUAUCUCCGCCCAUCGCCGCUCGUCGUCGAACCAUUAUGCUCGUGCACGCGCCAGAGACCGACGGGUCCGCACCUCCAUGGCGCCUGUCCCGCCCCUCGCGUCGCAGCUAGCAGAUCGGGUCCGAAAUCUCCGACAGGUCCAAAUUGUAGAUCUGCCAGUUGCGCGCCGGCAACUGGCUGCAACCGCGGCUGAAUUGCUGGCAGUACAAACGCAGGUGCUAGAGCGAGUAGUUGUGCUUCUUGAGCGGGUGAAAUACGGAGUCUUCGCGCGAGCGACGAAGGCAAAGGCGGAGCAUUUGGCCACUGUUGCGCAAGGGGUCGAAGGGAAGUUAGAAGUAAGCAAGCUCGAGAUUGCAGCAACUCUAUAUACUCCCGAGACAUUGGCUGCGCUCAGCCGUUACCAGCAACAUAUUAGGGAAACCAAGGACCGCCUAGAGGAACGACGAGAAUUAGCUAUCGAGGAAUUGUCGCGGUACGGAGAUGUAGAAGUCUCCGAAGGAUUCCAGCUCGAAGCGGAUCGGAAGCCAUAA